AUGAUAACAGAACAAAAAUAUGUAUAUGACCAAAUUCUUCAAGCUGUCAAUUCAGAUUGCGGUAAAAUUUUCUUCUUAUAUCGGUAUGGAGGUACAGAAAAGACUUUCUUUUGGAAUACUAUCUCAACUGCUCUUAGAUCAAAGGGUCAAAUUGUCUUAACAGUUGCUUCAAGUGGAAUAGCUUCACUCUUGCUACCUGGAGAAAGAACAGCUCAUUCCAGGUUAUCAAUGCACAUUUCAGAAUUUUCGGCAACUAUUAAAUCUCCCGGACUUCCAAAUCAUGAGCUUUGCUUUAGGCAAGGUUGUCCUGUCAUGCUUAUUAGAAAUAUUGAUCAUUCAGAAGGCCUUUGUAAUAGUACUAGAUUAGUUAUCACAUGGUUUGGCAACAAAGUGAUCGAAGCAGAAGUCUUAUCAGGAUCUAACAUUAGUGAAAAGCCAGUAUUCACACCUGGCCAACUAUAUGUUGCAGUUUCAAGAGUUACUAACAAAUAUAGACUGAAGAUUGUUAUUUCUCAUGACAAUUCAAAUAAUUACACUGAAAUCAACAAUGUCGUUUAUCAUAAAGUUUUCAGAAAUAUUUGA